AUGGCGACUAAGCGCAAAGCCUCGGCAAUGGGCGCAGGCGCCGAAGAUGAACCAGCAGACCCCUCGGAUGAGCUGGCAUUCUACUGUCUGGGUGGAGGCAAUGAGGUCGGACGAUCAUGUCAUAUUAUCCAAUACAAGGGCAAGACAGUCAUGCUUGAUGCUGGUAUGCACCCGGCCAAAGAAGGCUUCUCUGCCCUCCCUUUCUUUGACGAAUUCGAUUUGAGCACGGUCGAUAUCCUCCUGAUCAGCCAUUUCCACGUUGAUCAUUCCUCCGCACUCCCAUAUGUCCUCAGCAAGACGAACUUCAAGGGUCGCGUCUUCAUGACCCAUGCGACAAAGGCCAUUUAUAAAUGGCUGAUUCAAGACAACGUGCGAGUCAGCAACACGUCGUCUUCCUCCGACCAACGCACCUCAUUAUAUACGGAGCGUGACCACCUUUCAACUCUUCCGCUCAUCGAGACGAUCGACUUCAACACAACACACACGAUCAAUAGUAUUAGGAUCACCCCAUUCCCAGCUGGACAUGUGUUGGGAGCUGCUAUGUUCUUGGUAUCGAUUGCGGGAUUGAAUAUCUUGUUCACGGGUGACUAUUCUCGCGAAGAAGAUCGGCAUUUGAUACCCGCAGAGGUCCCCCGGGGCAUCAAGAUCGAUGUCCUAAUCACCGAGUCCACAUUCGGCAUCUCGUCCAACCCACCACGUCUGGAACGUGAAGCCGCACUUAUGAAAUCCGUCACGGGAAUCUUAAAUCGCGGAGGACGAGUUCUGAUGCCCGUGUUCGCUCUCGGUCGAGCACAGGAGCUGCUUCUCAUUCUCGAAGAGUACUGGGAGCGACACCCCGAGUUGCAAAAGGUUCCCAUCUACUACAUUGGUAAUAUGGCCAGACGAUGCAUGGUCGUUUACCAGACAUAUAUUGGUGCCAUGAAUGACAAUAUUAAACGGCUGUUCCGGCAACGUAUGGCUGAGGCUGAGGCGAGUGGAGAUAAGAGUGUGACCGCUGGCCCAUGGGACUUCCGUUUCGUCCGAAGCUUGCGCAGUCUGGAGCGCUUUGAUGAUGUGGGAGGCUGUGUGAUGAUUGCCUCUCCAGGUAUGCUGCAGACCGGCACGAGUCGCGAACUACUUGAGAGAUGGGCGCCCAGCGACCGUAACGGUGUUGUAAUGACCGGCUACAGUGUGGAAGGGACCAUGGCCAAGCAACUGCUUAAUGAGCCGGAGUCUAUUCCCGCCAUCAUGUCAAAAGUCUCAGCUGUGCAAGGCCGCGGUCGUGUACCGGGAGGGAACGAUGAAGACCAAAAAGUCAUGAUCCCACGUCGCUGUACUAUUGAUGAAAUCAGCUUUGCCGCACACGUUGACGGCGUGGAGAACCGUAACUUCAUUGAGGAGGUGGCUGCACCGGUUGUGAUUCUUGUGCAUGGUGAAAAGCAUCAGAUGAUGCGACUCAAGUCAAAGCUUCUUUCUCUCAACGCCCAGAAGACAAUCGCCACCAAAGUCUUCACACCUGCCAACUGCUCCGAACUGCGCAUUCCGUUCAGAAAAGACAAGUUCGCCAAGGUUGUUGGCAAGCUCGCGGAUAUGGCUCCCCCCUCUGGCCAAGACGACGGGCAGCUGAUGGCUGGCGUCCUGGUUCAGAAUGGGUUUGAUUUGUCUCUCAUGGCGCCAGAUGACCUUCGUGAAUAUGCUGGUCUGACGACAACUACCAUUACCUGCAAGCAACACCUUACUCUGAGUUCCGCAAGCAUGGAUCUCAUUCGAUGGGCGCUUGAAGGUACUUUCGGCGCUAUCGAGGAAGUUGGAUCAAAGAUGAAGGAGCUAAACGGUAAAGCUGUUGCAUCCAGCUCUGAACAAGAGGCUGCGGAUGAGGAGAUUCUCAUGGAGGAAAAACAAACAUACCUGGUCAUGGGCUGUGUUACCCUCCAUUAUCACCCACGAACUCGUGAGAUUGAGCUCGAAUGGGAGGGGAAUAUGAUGAACGACGGUGUUGCUGAUGCUGUCAUGGCCGUGCUUCUCACUGUCGAGAGUAGCCCGGCCUCGGUGAAACAAUCCGCGAAAAACAAGCACCAUCACCACCACCAUCAUCACGAUGACGAGGAGGACCUUCCCGCGCUCCAGAACCCCCAUGCCUACGUUGGCCCGGAAGACCGACUGGCACGCCUUCUGAUGAUGCUGGAAGCGCAAUUUGGCUCUGACAUUGGCCCCAUCGAGCGCCCGCGCGUCCCAGCGGACCUUGUCAACGGAACUGAUGGGACCACAGAGGAUAUCAAAGAAGAACGUAUCGCGGACAUUGAAUCCGCAGAGUUGGAUCGCCUUCACGCGCUCGGCAUUCCUGUGCCUGGUCUUGAAAUCAAGGUGGAUAAGCAUGUUGCUCGUGUCUGGCUUGAGAACUUGGAGGUGGAGUGCGCCAAUGCCGUACUGCGUGAUCGCGUGCGUGUUGUCGUCGAACGGGCCGUCGAGACUGUCGCUGGCCUGUGGGCUCCAAGCUCCAUGCCGAAAGAGGUGGUUGUCUCCAAUGGAUCUGCCAAAGCGCACAUGGAGAUUGACGCAGCUGCGAAGAAGGCGGCUGCUAUUGAAGCUCAGGGUUGA